AUGUCACUCUCCUCGCCCGGCACCGAGGCUCUGGCGUCGCUCGCGCCUCGCCAUCCUCACCGCCAAAUGGGCAGGCGAGAGACACCGUGCAGCGGCUCCGCGCCGCACCGCACGGGCACCGGGGUGCCCGAGACCUACGCCGGCAUUGCAGCCCCGCGUGCUUUGAGGAAUCAGAGCCCGAGGGCGUCGCCCCUGAUCAACGGCUCUGUCAAGCUGCGCGAUAUGCACUUGAAUCCUGCCUAUGCUGUGCCUUCAGUGGUAACCCCCAACAUACGUCGACCCGGACGUAUGGAUAAGCUCAGCAGUAAUGGCGCGGUCGAUCGCUUCCCGCUGUCCAAUCCAGCGGCGAAAGUAGGCUACGGUCCCGCGCCAGGCGGCACGCACACGCCCGAUGAAUGCCGCUCCGCGAAGCUUGUCGGAAAGUUUUGGCUCCGGGAAAGUCGCCUCUCCGUGGCUCUCGGGACUAGUACCCGUCGCUCGCGCGGCGGGGAAGCCAACGUGCGCCAUCGAUGUAUUAUGUAG